UUCACUAAGUCCUGCAAGAUCAUAUUCAUUUCUUAUACCACUUCCAAGUUUUUUGUUUUUUUGUUUUUGUUUUUUUAAACCUUUUCUCAAAAAUGUCUCUCAUUCCAAGCAUUUUCGGUGGCCGAAGAACCAAUGUGUUUGAUCCCGUUUCCCUAGACAUAUGGGACCCCUUUGAUGGCUCCUUCAACUCUGCAUUGACCACAUCGCCUGAAACAUCCGCAUUUGCCAACACAAGGAUUGACUGGAAGGAGACCCCGGAAGCCCAUGUUUUCAAAGCCGAUGUCCCGGGCCUGAAGAAAGAAGAGGUGAAAGUGGAGGUUGAGGAAGGCAGAAUCCUCCAGAUCAGUGGCGAGAGGAGCAAAGAGCAGGAGGAGAAGAACGACAAGUGGCACCGCGUCGAGCGGAGCAGCGGCAAGUUCCUCCGCAGAUUCAGGCUGCCGGAAAAUGCGAAGACCGAUCAGGUCAAAGCUAGCCUGGAGAAUGGAGUGCUGACUAUUACUGUUCCUAAGGAGGACGGAAAGAAGCCUGAAGUCAAGCCUGUUGAGAUCUCUGGAUAGAUAUAAUCAUAACUUUAUGAAAUUUGGUUCCCUGGCCUUAUGUUGAGUUUUCUGUUAUUCCGAAUAAAUACUGUCCAGCGCUUGUGUUUGUGUGAAAUAGUGGUUCGAAUUUGUAUGAUGUGAAAACAGUUUGCAACAUGUUAUGAAUUGAAAGUGUUGGGAUUUGUUUCCUAAUUUAUGUAUUGAUUGU